UUAGGUUCUUUUGGCUGAUGAAUGACCACGCCAAGACCAGUCUAUUGAACCUCACCACCAUAGAUUCCGGCAUACUCUUCUCACCACCGCCGAGCAACCUCUCCCGCCGCCGCAGCAGCAAUGAUGUCCUUCCUCCGAGUCCCGACCUGCAGGACCUGCCUGCAACGUCUCAGCGGCGUCAGCAGCCAGCAAAUCCGUACGAAGACCAAAGCCGCCAAGAAAGGAAUCACCGUCCGGCUGCUGGAGGACCUCCCCAAAGUCGGGCGGAAAGGCUCGAUCGUCACCGUCGCCCCCGGAAGGAUGAGGAACAACCUCUACCAGCGCGGGUUCGCCGAGUACAUGACUGCGGCCGCGCUCAAGAACGUUCCCGAGUCGGAACUGACGCAGCAGCCGGAUACGACGUUUAUUCCUGUUGCCGAGCCGGAGGUUUUGUCCAAGGUCGAAUUGAACCGGCUUAAGCCGGCCCACACCAUCUCUCUGAUCGAAACUUUCCUUCCCACAACGCUCCAGUUCUCGCGGCCAACGGUGUCGCCAAACGACACGACCAUCCACGGCUCCAUCUCAACUGCGGAUAUCUGUUCCGCAGUGCGUGCGAUUGCGGCGGCAAGCGGCGAUGAGGCAUCGAGAGUCGCCAUCACCCCCGAUAUGAUCACGUUCAUGGACGAGGAGGAGGGUGUGGAUAAGGUCAAGACGCUGGGAGAGCACAAGUUCCAGAUUAAGCUCAAGGGCGCGGUGCACCCGGUUGUCAGGGCUGUUGCUAUCACCCAGCAGGUCUCACUGGAGUAGGUGUAGAUAGAGUGUACAUUAGACUGGCUGGUUUGUCCGGAUGUCUGAUACCUGAUGGUAGUUAACGGACUAGAGGAGGAG